AUGGAAAACAUAACCAGAGACUCAGACCCUGUUGAGCUUCAACAAUUCGAGGCACUCUGUCUAGCUUGUCGGAUAGGAGAUCUCGAAAAAGUCACCGAGCUCGUCACCAGUGGUGGCAAACUCAACCAAGUUGACGAAUGGGAUUAUCUGCCGUUGAUCCUUGCCUCGCUCUGUGGUCAUCUUGAAGUAGUCACUUAUCUUCUUGCCAAUGGAGCCAUUUGCGAUCGAGAAACUUUCGAAGGCGAACGGUGUGUUUAUGGGGCAUUGAACGACGAGAUCAGAAAUGUGUUGUUGAGCUAUGACAUGAGUAAAGCCAUGGAGGUUGCAAACCCAUUUGUCUCACAUUUUAUGAAACUAUCAUCGGAUAUCCCAACCAUUAACAAUACCGCCCCCACCACCAAAGAUAUUGUCUUUGUGUUUAAUUCCACUACGACCACGGUACGAUACUUACGGGCGCACCGAUUUGUAUUGAGCGUACGAUCCAAGUACUUCUCUCGAAAAUUAUUAGAGUAUCAGCAUCAAUCGACAAUUAUGUUUACCGAUCUUAUCCCUACAAAACAUCCGCUUGGAUACUACAGGGAAUUCACCUAUGUGGUGCAAUACUUAUACCUCAAUCUCAAUAAUCGGACCAACCCUAAAGAUUUGAAGCAAACCCGACUUUUUGAAGUCAUUGAGUUAUUGGAGCUCGAUCCCACGAUUAAGUUGGCGAUCGAGUUGGAAAUUUCUGAAGAAUCCAAUCAAUCUAAAUCGAAAAUCAGAAACGAUCUUCGUAAAGAUAUUGUCGUGCAUGCUCAACAGCAAUUCCGUCACUGGCAUAAUGAUCACUUGAAUGGGGUGAUUAAGUCGUUGGAUGUUAAUAAUGAUGGUGACGAAGAUACGGGGAUCGACGUUUAUCGGAAUAUGUUAACUUCCGAAGAAAAAGCCCAGCUUUUGUCAUCAACAGGGUUUUAUGGGGAUAUGAUUCUUUAUUUCAAAACUUACAAUGACGAUGCCGAUGAAGCGAAGAUCCAUUUCUACCCUUUCCAUAAAGCGAUCAUCCUCCAAUCAAAAUAUUAUGAAAUAUUAUUUGAUUCAGGGUUUCAAGAAAGUAGGGACAUUCUGCAAGUGGUCGAUGAUGUUUACAAGAUUGUUGAUCGUAGGAAAUUAUUACUGAAUGAUAAUAAUAAUAAUAAUAAUAACAACGAUGAUGAUGAUGAUGAUGAUGAUGAUGCUCAACCACCAAUACCAUUGAUCGAACUUAAUACCACUCAACUUCAAGUUUUUGAAUUUUUCGCAAGAUACCUUUACUCUAACGACCUGAUCCUCCCAAUAGAUAUCGCAUUAGACGUGUUAUAUCUUGGAGAAUACCUCGAGCUUGCAAAACUUAAAAGUCUCUCAUCGUACGUUUUAUCCAAUUCCUUUAACUUGGUGUCGGAAAACCCCGAGAAAUACUGGUAUCUUUUGGAAGUGGAAUUUCUUGGAGAUGUGCUUCGAGCCGCAUGGGAUACCAAUGAGGAACGGCUUAAGCAAUACGUCGCAAGAGCGUUUGCUAAUGACUUGCAAAAAUAUGUGAAUACCUCGAUAUUUAGUGAUUUGGUAGCAGAGAGUGCAGCCUCAGUCAAAGAUCGACAAGAAACCGAUACCGUCGAAUUAAUUGAUGAGGUGAGAUAUUAUUUAGAGCGUAAGUAUCAUGAAAAGGACCGGGCAAAUACAAAUACAAAUAGGGAUGAGCAAAUCCUCAAACAGGGAGAAGAAGAAGAAGAAGAAGAAGAAGAAGAAGAAGAGGACAUCAUGAAUGGAGAGUUGGAGGAGCAUAAUCUUACAAAUGGACAGCUUUUAGACAAAGACUUGGAGAGUUUGGAGUUAGUGCUUUAUAAGCUAGGAUUGGAAGCCUAA